CGCCCUCGACCCCUCACCAGGCAUGGUGGCGCAGGCGCGGGAGCUCAACGCCGGCGACACCACCGCAGCCGGGAUCGAGGUGCGGCAGGGGUCGGCCGAGGACCUGUCCCCGCUGCGAGACGGCAGCGUCGACUGCGUCGUGGCCGGGCAGGCGGCGCACUGGUUCGACUACGAGAGGGCGUGGCCCGAGCUGGCGCGGGUGGCGGUGCCGGGGGCCACGCUUGCGUUCUGGGGGUACAAGGACCACGUCAUCGUCGGGCGGCCCGCGACGUCGGAGGUGUUUGACCGGUUCACGUACGGCGAGGGGGAGGUGGCGCCGGGGAUGGAGAGCAUGGCCCGGUUCUGGGAGUUGCCCGGGAGGAACAUCCUGCGCAACUCGCUGAGCGCGGUCGUGCCCCCCCAGGAGGACUGGGAGGACGUCCGGCGGAUCGUCUGGGAUCCGGAUCGGAAGACCGCUGAGAUCGGGGACGCGGCCGAGGAGGUGCUCUGGAUGCGGAAGACGCUCAAGCUGGGAGAGCUGGAGGGCUAUACCAGGACGUACAGCGCUUUCGGCGGCUGGAAGGAUGCACAUCCAGAGUUCAGAAGCCGGGUCGAUGGCGGAGAGGGGGACAUCGUCGAUAAGAUGUACGACGAGGUCGUGGCAGCAGUGCCGGAAUGGGAGGCAGAGGGGGACAAGUGGAGGGAGAUCGAGGUCGAGGCGGUCUGGGGGACAGUGCUAUUACUGGCCAGGAGGCGAUAAUAUUGGCGUCCAGCUGUUCUGUUUCUUUUUUUUUUUUUUUUUUGCAUCUAGUUCAAUAUUCAAUGUAUACAACUGUAGGUAUUUAGCAAAUGCCUCCAAGCCAAGAUCUAU